CAGGCAAAGCUAGCUAGCUAGCUAGCAAGCAGCUGGAUGGAUUCCUCUGGCUAGAUUAAGAUUAAUCUCGUACGUUGAAGCAGCAAGCGGAAGCGGCGGCUACGCGGAGAGAGGAUCGGGCGGCAGCGGCGCGAGGGACCUGCGGCGGCGGCCUGACCUAGCUGAUACCAAGUUGAAACACUAGGUUUAGGGUUUUGCGUGAGUGGCUAACAUCCAGCCUCAUGUCUCAAUAUACAGAUGAUCAGAAUACAAUUAUAUAUGUAUACAAAUACGUGUACAUGUACAAUAUGCUAGACCCUAUUUUACAGAGAAUACUCUUCAGGCCACUGCCGCUCGUAUUUUAUGUCUGUAAUUUCCAGCAGAGCUGUGGAUUUGUUUCUCGAUUGCUUGUGUCACAAGGUGUUAUGAUGUACUGUAGCUUUUAGGCUUUUCCAGUCAUUCGAUAAAUAGUUCAAAUGGUUUUACAGCACUUCUAGUUAGUUCCUUGUAGAGGGAGAAAUUGAGCUUUCUGCUCAAACAUGAACAUAGAUGAUACUGAAUAUUGCUUGUUCUUUGUAUUAUUAUUGUGUAAUUUGUGUUGCUAUCAUCUUAUCCUAGCAAGUAGCAAAUUACCUUUUCAUGAAAUCAUGCCUUGUCUUCGUCAUAAAUGAUUUGCCAAAAAUUAUGCAAUGCUUGCACAAGUGCUAUGUUAUCAUGAUAAGUGCAUUCCCUUAUCUUUUCACCUUAAAUAAUCAGAGUUCAUAUUUACCAUGGAAUUUGAGGUCUCCUAAUUUAAUUUGGACAUGAGAGAAUUAGCACACACUGACCCAACUUAGAUCCAGUAUCAUAUAUUUCACCUCAAUCUCUCAGUAGUUCUUGUAUGUGUUAAUCUCUGUACGCUGGGAUGGGCAAUUUCAUUGCUCCAUUCUCCUAAUGAAUAUGUGGGUGUCAGAUAUGACUGCUUUGCCAAUGUUUUUUUUUAUUAAUAAUUGUUACCAAAGCUGUUGGUCCAUUCUUCUGUAGGUUGUCGGUGCAAAUGGUGCUGAGCAAACUGUUGUUAGCGGGUCGAUGGAAGUGCUGAAACCCUGUUGGGCAGUUGCCAUGUCUGGUGUGCCGGUGCGGGAGCAGCUUUUUAAUGUUUCAAUCUGCCACUACAACCAUCUCAAUCUGUUCCAUCAUGGUGACUUUUCAAGAAGUUUUGGGAGGACAUUUGAUCCAUCUAACUUAGAGGUGGCGGCACCAAUUCUGCUGGAGAGAAGUCAUGGCAAUAUCAUCUUUCUAACAAGCCGGGGAGAGGUGAGCUUAUACUCUUCAGGCCUACUUGAUCACGAUGCGACAUGGAGGUGGCAACUAUCGACAGGCGCAACAUGGUCCAACCUUCCAUCUCCAUCAGGGAUGACAGAGAAUGCUGUCAUCCCCACUCACAAAGCCUUCUCUCUGCACGCCUAUGACCCAAAGCAGGUGAUCAUCGCGGGCGGCGACCAGGAGGCCGUGGUGAUCUCUCCUUCUGGUGUCCUACUGGCGUCCAGCGACCUCCCCGCGCCGCUGACUCAUGCAUUAAUCCUCAAGGAUUUCUCUGGCGAUGGGCUGACUGAUUUCAUCCUGGUGACAUCCGGGGGAGUGUGUGGAUUUGUGCAGAUGAGGCGGCCCGGGGCGCUCUUCUUCGGCACACUUGUUGGCUGCUUGAUCGUUGCGAUCGGGGUGAUACUUGUUUCUCUGCACCUCAACUCGUCGAACAAUGGUAAACCAAGGUCUUCUUCGACCGACUACAGGUGACUACGAUGGCGGUAUUCUGCUGAGAUGAUCUUGCGAACAUCCCCGGCACGCAGUGAGGAGUUGUUAUAGUGUUGAAGCUAGAUUUAGCUUGCUGGAGGUGCUUAGCUUGUGUCUUGUAAGUAUUUGGGUUGGUGAACUUUUGUUGUUCUUCCAUAUAAUCCUUCGUUAGCAUUAAAUCUCAAGUGUAUAAACCUGAAGACCCAGCAAGAUAAAACACACCUGAAGCUCUCGAGUGUAUAUGCUCAGGCUGAAGCGUGUCUCUGAGGCCAA